GAGGCUUGAAAGAGAGUGGUUAGUUCACCGCCCCACUGUUGCAAGAAAACUUAACCCUAUUCACUACUUUUCCUUCCUGCAUCGUUUUCUCUUCGCGAGGUCUCACAAACACAUGACGAAUUUUUGAACAACAAACUUCGCAACUUCAACAGGUAUUAAUUCAUUGGAGGACUGAAGAGUACAUAAGAGACUCGUUAGCCAUCCAAUGUGUUAGUCGGAGCUGGAUCACAGUUUGAGUCUAGGGUUAGGGUCUUCAUAUUGUACUCUUCACUUUCAACGAGUUAUAUGCUUAUGAAUGGCGGCUUUGCUGAAGCUUGGAAAGAAGAGAAUAUAUAUGAACUUCACCAGAGCUUUGGCUACAACAUCAUGUAGGCAUGUGGUAGGGUCAAGUUUUGCAUCUAUAUUUGCUUCACAAUCUGUUUAUGCAUCAGCAAGAUGCAUGCCUGAUUUCAUCAAUCACUCAUGUAUAGGUGGGGCUGGUUAUAGUAGUGGGACUAAAGAAUGUGGAAUACGGUGCUUCCAUGCUAGCUCACAAGUCUGGUCAAGAAGUGAUGCAGCGUAUGGUUUGAAGCCCCCAAAGAGGGAGAAGUAUGUGAGAAAAGGCAGUAGAAACCAGCCUCCUGUUGACGCUCCACACGUCCCUUGUAAAGUCACUGCAACCAAAUCUAAUCCCGAUAAAACGAUAGAAAUAUUUGAAGGCAUGACCCUUGUUGAACUGGCAAAGCGUUCUGGAAAAUCAGUAUCUUCUUUGCAAGAUAUUCUCACAACUGUUGGCGAAAAAAUUCAAUCAGAGUUUGAGCCUCUCAGUAUGGAUAUUUCUGAGCUUGUUGCAAUGGAAGUUGGUGUCAAUGUUAAGAGGUUGCAUUCAACUGAAGGUAAAGAAGUUUUACCCCGCCCUCCAGUUGUAACAGUGAUGGGUCAUGUUGAUCAUGGAAAAACUUCCCUUCUUGAUGCCUUGCGUCAAACGUCAGUGGCAGCUAAGGAAGCUGGUGGCAUUACUCAGCAUCUAGGUGCCUUUGUGGUGGGCAUGUCAUCAGGAGCAUCAAUCACAUUUCUCGACACUCCUGGUCACGCUGCAUUUAGUGCCAUGCGAGCAAGAGGUGCAGCAGUCACAGAUAUAGUAGUGCUAGUUGUUGCUGCAGAUGACGGUGUAAUGCCCCAAACACUUGAAGCUGUGUCUCAUGCGAAAUCAGCUAAUGUACCAGUUGUAGUUGCAGUCAAUAAAUGUGAUAAACCAGGUGCAAAUCCUGAAAAAGUAAAACUACAGCUUGCUUCAGAGGGCUUGCUGUUAGAGGAGAUGGGUGGGGAUAUUCAGGUUGUUGAAGUUUCCGCGCUUAAAAAGACUGGACUGGAUAACCUAGAGGAAGCUUUACUCCUUCAGGCUGAUAUGAUGGAUCUUAAAGCACGAUUUGAUGGUCCUGCUCAAGCAUAUGUGGUUGAAGCAAGACUUGACAAAGGACGGGGUCCAUUGGUGACUACUAUAGUGAAGGCAGGGACUCUAGUUUGUGGACAGCAUGUGGUUGUAGGCUCGCAGUGGGGAAAAAUAAGGGCUAUUAAAGAUGCAGCAGGGAGGUUAACUCAACGAGCAACUCCGGCAAUGCCUGUGGAGAUUGAAGGGCUUCGAGGGCUGCCAAUGGCCGGUGACGAUGUCAUUGCUGUUCAUUCUGAGGAGCGGGCUAGAAUGCUUAGUUCUGGUAGGAAAAAGAAAUUUGAAGAGGACAGGCUUAGAGGUAAGAUAGUGCAUAUCCCAACUACUUCAGAUGAUACUGAGGAGGUUCCAAAGAGGGUUGAAAUGGCAGUAAUUGUAAAAGGAGAUGUUCAGGGAACUGUUCAAGCUGUUACAGAUGCAUUGACAACUUUAAAUAGUCCUCAGGUUUCUGUGAAUGUUGUCCAUGUUGGCGUGGGGCCUAUUUCUCAAUCCGACGUGGACCUAGCACAGGCUUGCGGUGCAUGCAUAGUUGGAUUCAAUGUCAAGAGUCCACCUAUUUCUCUUACCCAAGCAGCAACUCGUGCUAGUAUCAAGGUAAUUAUGCACCGUGUGAUUUACCACGUAUUGGAAGACGUAGCCAAUCUGAUAAUAGAGAAGGCCCCAGGUACACCCGAGACUCAGGUGGCUGGGCAAGCAGAAGUGCUGAAUAUCUUCGAAGUGAAAGGGAGCAAAUCUAAGGGACCUGAUGUGAAAAUAGCUGGUUGCAAAGUUGUUGAAGGUUUUGUGAACAGGUCAGCAACCAUGAGGCUUCUAAGGAGUGGUGAAAUGGUGUUUGAAGGACCUUGUUCGUCUCUUAAGAGGGAGAAGCAGGAUGUGGAUUCUGUGAAGAAAGGAAAUGAGUGUGGACUAGUAAUCAAUAACUGUUGUGAUUUCCAGAUUGGUGAUGUUAUACAGUGCUUAGAACAAGUAGUUAGGAAGCCCAAGUUUAUUAAGUCGGAGAGUGGUGCUGUUCGAAUAGAGUGCUGAUGAAAAGCUGGUACUUCUUUCAGCACACAUUUUUGUGGUAAAAUUAUACCUGAGCUGCCAAAAUAACUAUUAAAUACAGAUGGAUUGUUAUAGUAUUGAAUUAAUUUAUUGAAGCCUUUAAGUAGUUUGUAUACUAAGUUUUUUGAUAUGUGCAUUGCACAUAUACUGACAUGCGUUCAUGAAUUACAUGUUAGACCGCAGCUCUAGCAAAGUAUGGAACUGUGUUAAUUAUAUACCAUUUCAAAAGGAAGCUACUACCUUCUUAUUAAGAAGUAUUAUGAGAGGAAAAUAAUUUGAUCCUGGCAGUUUCUGGGUAGUUAUUAGUUAUUUAAUUGCAGUUAUUAUAAGUAGUUACUUUGCAGUUUGUGUGUAUUUUUUUGUUUGCUAGGAAUAAAUAAGAAAAGACAAGACAUAGUCAGUCAUCCUAGAAUAUUUGAGUGGGUUAUUUGGAAAGGGAGAGGUCCAAGGCUCUCAUCUUUGGCAGGAAUCGUGCCUUUGCCUUUCUGUUAUAUGUAACAUUACAUCCCUGUUCAAGUUUGUAAUUGUAUAUUCUAUGAUUGAAGACCUUUCUCCAGAGAUUUUUCAAUAAUAAAUAGUUAUUCAUUAAUGUA